AUGACUUGGCGAGAGAUGCUCAUGCAACACAAUGGUGAAACAGAUGACUGGGAAGGAAUGGAUUGGAAUUUGGAAGCAAAUGUUGAUCAAAGUGCACCUGCGGAGGAAGAGGAUGUGAAUUAUGGUGGGAUUAAAAUGUGGACAGAGGAAGAUGGUAGAACUCAUUUUGGUUGUACUAGAAAAGCAAGAACAAGAAUGCUGAAGGUUUGGGAAAAAGCUCUCAUUGUAAAACUACUUGGAAGGAAUACAGGAGUGGCUUUCAUGAAAAAGAAGAUUGAAAUACUAUGGGCUAGAGCUAGAAAGAUUAACAUUACAGAUGUAGGUAAUGGAUUCUAUGUGGUGCAAUUUAGCAACAAAGAUGAUCUUCUUUUUGCUCUAAAUGGUGGUCCUUGGAUUAUUUUAGGCCAUUAUUUAUCACUCCGACGUUGGGAGCCAGCUUUUAGACCAAAUGCUGCAAGUGUGAUGAAGAUUGCAGCUUGGGUGCGAUUACCGGGUAUCCCACUGGAGUAUUAUGAUGAAGCCUUUUUCCGCCGUAUUGGUAACUGGCUAGGUAAAAUGUUGAAGAUCGAUAAGACAACUAAUGAGCAUGUAAGAGGACAGUUUGCUCGAAUUUGCGUGGAACUGGAUCUUGCUCAGCCUUUGAAGGGUGAAUAUGUGUUGGACGGAGCAACUAAACAGAUAGAAUAUGAAGGCUUAGGCCUUAUUUGUUUCCAUUGUGGGCGCUAUGGACAUAGUAAAGAUUGUUGUCCUGAGAUACCAGUUGAAGGAAAGGAUAAUCAGCAAAAUCAAGACGGGAAAAAAGAUGAGGCUGAGUUUCAGAAAAAUGGAUUAGGUCCUUGGAUGGUGGUGCAACGUCAACGUCGAUCAAGAAUUCAAACUCCAAUGGCGGACAACAGGAAGCAGGAACCGGUUCGAAGGGAAUCAAGGGAGUAA